AUGACGCGAUGGACGGCAUGUUUGGUGCUGUUCUGCCCACUCCUUGACUUGGCGGCCUCACAGGCAUGUUGGUCCGGCUUCCCAUCGGGUCAGACCUUUAGGCCUGGAAUGCUGGUUACGCCAAUGAGAAACGUGAUUUGCACUACGACGACAACAUCAACAAUGAGCGCUACGAGCUCCACAUCAUCGUCUAAGACGAUGACCAUUACGACCAUGUCGGUUACAACCACGAGCUCUUCGUCAGCCACGGUGACAACCUCAACUUCCUCAAGCGUGACAGGCACGAGCACGGUGUCGUCGACAGCCACGGGUACAGAAACCACCUUGACCUCAUCGUCGGCCACAAAUACGGGCACUGCAACAUCCACGCAGACGGAAACAACGAUUACGUCUUCCUCUGUGACGGCGACAAGCACUGCUUCAAGCACAUCAACCGAUACCAGGACGACCUCUACUUCUUCGACGCAGAGCCUCACAGCCACCACGGCGACUAAGACCACCUCCACGAGCUCCACCGGAACCGUCACCGUCACCACAUCUUCCACAAUGACAGGGACGGCGACGACUGUGACCGAGACAACGACCAAAUCGAGCACAGUCACCAUGACAACAACCUCAGCAAGCACUACAGCGACGUCCUCCACAAGCGUGACAGCCACACGCACGUCAUCCACAAGUACCACAUCCACCCUCGGACAAUGCGCGCCGGACUUCAAACUUGCACGUGAUGGAGAGGAGUUCAACGGUCUUGAUCGUUCAGGCAGCUCAAGCUGCAACAGCAUUGCCUUCGGGGCAACUUGUGAGGUCACUUUCACAGCUACCGGCAAUGACGACCUUUCCGCUUGUGUUGCUGCGGGCACCUACACCUGGUAUUGCCCGGUCCUUGGAGCUCAAUCGGAGACAAUGGAGCUGCACGCCAUGGACCCCUACAUCCAGUGCCGGGUCUGUGGAGCAGGCUUUAUGGACACAGAUGAGAAGACGGGAGACUAUGCAGGAACCGUCGUCUUUGGUCCCAACAUGGUGAAUGGCACUGUGGAUGAGAGCGUGCUUGACUAUUACGUGGUGUUGCCUAUGGAUGACUGUGGACACAUCCCAGCUGAUGCAGCCAUCCUUGGAUAUGUUGCAAAGAGCACAGUUCCCCCAAUUUGCUGCGUCGAGGACAUGUACCAGAUCAACAUCAACAUGCAAAACUUUGCAUUCACCAAGAUCGUGGUGGUGCCGGCAGGUAGCAGCUAUAGAACCGACUUCCUCGACGAUGGCGUGCUCAUUGAUCUUGUAGACCUUACUACCACGACGACAACCAGCAUGACGUCUACAACAACAUUCACAACCACUGGGACAUCAAUGACCAUGACGUCCACAGUGACCACGUCCUCGACGUUCACUGCAACCUCCACAGCAACAUCUCGAACCGCCUCAACGACGUCGAUGACAGGAGAAGAAACCAACGCCACGACCGAGCGCAUCGAUGAGAGUGCCCAAGUGGACUCUGGAACAACAAAGGCACAGCCGGUACAGCUAGUCACUGCCGUCAUCAUGAUUCUAGCGGCGCUCGCAGCUUUGAUCCCUUGCUGA